ACUUGGCCAUUCAGUACGAUAUGAACGUCUCGUCUUGGCGGUUGAUUUGAUUGGAAUUCCGCUCAACGGUUGUGAACCAAAAUAAAGAUGUUAUUUGUUUGAAGGUAGAAUCUUUCUUAGAGUGUGUUGCUGACUGUGAAGUGGACAAUACGCGGCACUGUAGACUCGUUGCAUGGCGAUAAGUCCAAAAUUGCAGCAUAUUUUUCUGAACUUCUUUUCUUGCGAACACUUAAUAAAAAGCGAGACGAAUAAAUUGUGACACAUUUCCACUGAUAGGAUGUAAUCACAAAUUUCAAGUGCAUAUGUAUAAUAAAACUUGUAAAAAUCAGCAAGAACAUAAACAGAAACUGAAAAGCGCUAAAUUGUGAACUAUUAAAACAACAAUAACAACAAUAGCAAAAUAAUGCGUCCGAAAAUCGCACCCUACUUUGUGGGCGCACACCUGUUGCUGCUCGUGCUGCUCACCUUAAACGGCAAUGGCAACACCAACAACAACAAACUAUACGCACAAGCCGAAACAGCUAAUCCAACUUGUACGCUGAAGGACAAUUGUAAUUUGAAUGAAAAUUUCCUGACAGCCAACGGUGAGACAAGUGAAAAGGCCGCAAGUAAAUUGGAGAAUAAAAUCGCUUCAAUUUUCGAGGAUAAAGUAAAUUACAGUCUAAAAUUGUUCGCUGAUGAAGAUGUCAUCGAAUACAACGCCUUGGAGAGUAAUUUAAGUGAACGUGCCCAUCUGGGAACACCAUCAGCGGCGAAUUUCACGCUAAGCCAGCUGCAGGACGCAACCGAUGUGGAGGAGGAUGAAAGAGUUUACUUGUACAACAUUGGCCGUCGUUUUAUAUCAAUAGCAACACCUUUUGAUGCAGCUCGCAGUCCGGAGGCCUCUCCAAAGUGUCGUGCGCAAAUGCGACGUUUUCUAGAAGGCUUAAACAACUUUGAUUUAUGGGCUUUGAAAAUGCACGACUCCACCGGCAAAAUCACUUCGGGCAUACUCAAUGGCAACAUUAAUCAACCGGGCGAUUUCGACCAGUGUCUCGGUGUCAGCAGCACCUCCGCUGACGAUGCAGCAGCAAUGGCAGGUAGCGAUGCACAUGGCGAGAUUAAGGGGCAGUAUUGUUUGGCUUACGCACAGCCAGUGUUACCACAUAAAUCGAAACGUUUACGAGCGUUGUUCAAACUGAUGCAAUCGCAUGGACCAUUCAAGAGUGAAUUCAAUGAUCCCGGACAUCGUGUGCCACGCUACUCACUCAUCAAUUGGGGUAUUUGUGUACCGGACGCCUGCAGCCAUCAAGAUGUCGAGUAUACGGUGAAAGAGUAUUUGAGGAAUAUGACCAGUUCGACAGGCAUCUUAUUCCAGGUACGAGUUGAACCGAAGUUGUGUCAGGUGCGUGAUAACAAACCGUGGGAUCGCAAUACCACGUGGGCAGUACGCUUCUUCCUCAUUAUACUCUCCAUCGCUGUGCUUUCAACAGUCUACGAACGUUGCACCAAAGAGACGCAGAAGCCAAAUGAGUGGCUCACUGCAUUCUCUUUGGAUAAAAAUCUGCGUUGGCUCUUUAGCACUAGCUCCUCGCCCAACGAUAUUGAAGCUGUGCAUGGCAUACGGUUUUUGAAUGCAGUCAUGUUGCUCUUCUCACACAAAUCCAUGGCGAUGUUCUUCAAUGCAUACAAUAAUAGAACGGAAAUGUCAGAGAGCUUGGGUCGCCCUUGGACAGUGAUUGGACGCGCCGCCUCGCUCUACACGGAUCCCUUCCUACUCUUCAGUGGCAUGUUGACAGCUUACUCGCUCUUCGGUCGCCUCCUCAAGGACCAGCCGAUACGUUUGCGAAAUGAAUAUAUAAGCCGUUUAAUGCGCAUUGUACCGCCACUAGCUGCUCUCAUACUCUUUUGCACCUUUGUACUGCCCUUAUGGGGCUCGGGACCGCAAUGGAAUUUGGUUGUUGGACAUCAUGCGGAUAUUUGCAAGCGAAACUGGUGGCGCAACUUACUUUUCAUACACAACUAUUUUGGCUUCAGUGAGAUGUGCCUCACACACACACACCACUUGGGAAUUGAUACUGAACUCUUCGCCGUAGCGCCGUUAAUGAUACUGGGUCUAUGGAAAUGGCCUAGAAAAGGCUUAUUCACGUUGCUUAUGCUUGCAGCGAUUGGCACUGCCGCACGUUACUAUACCACCAUCGUAAACCAAUUGUCAAAUUAUAUCUAUUUUGGUACAAACAUUCAACGCCUCUUCCGCACUGCCGACUAUAUGUACUCCUUCCCACCACAUCGUUCCACAGUUUAUAUUAUGGGCAUUUUGCUUGGCUAUUGUCUGCGUAAAUACCGUGGCAUACAAUUAACGAACACACAGCUACGUCUCGGCUGGACAGUUGCCACUGCCUGUGUGCUAGUAUCGCUGUUGGGACCAGCGCCUAUGGGCGACAUCAGCUAUCAAUACAAUAGCACGCAUGCGGCCAUAUAUGCAGCCUUUGCACCGAUUGCUUGGUGUAUAUUCUUCGCGUGGAUCGUUUUUGUUUCACAUAAUGGCUAUACAAACAAAUUUACAAAUAUGCUUUCGUGGAAAGGUUUCCAAGUUUCUACGAAACUAUCGUACGCAAUUUAUCUAACACAAUUCCCAGUGUUCUUCUUCAAUGUCGGCCGUCGUCGACACAUUCAUCAUUAUUAUAAUUUCGUUUCUAUCAUUCUCGAUACCAACGAAUAUAUUUGCAUAUUCCUUGCGUCGGUUGCGCUCACCGUUCUCUUUGAUGCACCAUUCCAAAAUAUCAAGAAGCUCAUAUUUAACCGCACACCAAGUAGAAAUCUAACAAAUGGUACCAUAAAAAGCGCAGCGAACGGAGCAAUAAAAUCAUCGUCAGAAUCCAACUCGACGCCCUCAACGACACAUUCUAAUGGCACGAUAGCCAAUGGGAAAGUUGUGCAUGCUCACAGCGAUUAGUUCUUAGUGGCUAGUUUAGUUGUCUUUUGUUGUAAUUUAUGCUAGCGUGUAUUUAAGUCAUUAUUUAAUAAUUAGCGGGAGUCUUAGUCGUUAAGUCUGUGAUGUAUAUUUCUAUAGUUAUUGUAAAUUAUAAUAACUGCAUAUAUUUGUUUUUAUGUAUGUAAAUAAAUUCUAAACUCCAAUUUUUUAAA